GGGAGCUCCUGCUUCAAGCAGGUAUGAGAGCACACGAGCACUUGCCUGCUUGCACUACAACACAACACCAACAGCAUAUUCGUGUCAUUCACGCAUUGAAUUGCGACGCACAAGCCCACCAUGAGAUUGAUACCACUGCUCAUUGCCUUCGGGCUCAGUCUCGCAGCACUGUACCCUCAAAACGAGCAACAAAUAACGUUGCUUGAAGGACCCGAAUUCGACCUGAUCAAGAAACUGAAAAUCGCCGAAAUCAUCCCAACAGUCCUCGAUGAAUUCAAGCCAUUCCUCACACUGAACGUAUCCUGGCCAAAAGACGCAGCAGAAGUCGGCAACACCAUCAAAGUCAAGAAAAUGAAAAAGACGCCAAAGAUUCAACUCCUCGGCCACUUGCCCAACUUGCGACGCCUCUCAGACGCAAGUGAAAUCCCCCAGCUAACUCUCAUCCUCACCGACCCAGACGCUCGCAGCAGAGAUAAUCCUGACUGGAGCCAAAUGUGUCACUGGAUUAUCACCAAUGUCACUCUCACAGACACGAGUGGGGAGGGUCUCGAGAAUGGAUUGGAGCACGCCGAGGAAAUUGUUGAGUAUCAGCCUCCUGGACCGCCGCCGAAGACGGGAAAGCAUAGAUAUGUGUUUGCUGCUCUGGCGCCGAAGAAUGGGACUUCGGCUAGGUUGCAUUUGAGUAAGCCUAAGCAGAGACAGCAUUGGGGAUAUGGGAUUGUGAGGGCGGGAGUUCGAGAGUGGGCUGAGGAGAAUGGUCUUGCGGUGGUGGGUGCGAAUUUUGUGUAUGCUCAAGAUAAGAAACAGUAGGCAGAGCGUUGGGGCGCGGUGUGCGAUUUCCAGAAGGCGUGCGUGCGAAGGCGUGCAGAGUGCUAGCAAGCUUCUUGAGUCGCCGAUGGUAAUUGCGAGUGUUAAAUGUACCAGUAGAACACAUAUUUUCGAGUGUUAGUGCGACAAUCCACCUUCAGUG